AUCAAUUCGGUGCUGGCCGCCAACCUAUCGGGCCAGUCUAGUUAGUCAGUUCGAUCGAGCCUCGCCGCGUCGCCUUUGAAGGAAUAUCGAGAUACACUUCGAAUCGUGCUACGCAAAAAUCAAGAAAAUCGAGUAACAAAACGAGUUAAAUAUGGCGCCCGCUAUUAAUAGUACGGUUAGCACCAUUACCACCACAAUUGCCAAUCUGACAAGCACCACAACGUCGUUUGAUAAUGCCACACUGGCAACCACUCCCGCUGGGUGGGCCAACGGGUAUACCGCUGCCUGGGAUGGUCCCUAUGUCUACUACUAUCCCAACUAUGUGAUGUACAUAACGCUGGUGUUUCUGUUCGUAUUCCUGCUGCCGCUGGUUGUGAUUAUGAGUGCCAUGAAGCGCAAGCGGGAGGCGCAGCUGCGGGCCCUGGCCCUGCAGAGACAGCGAGCCCGUCGUGAGAUGGAAAUCAGUGUGACAAACAACAAUAUCAAUGGUGGUUCCGCUACUGCCGCUGGCAUCAGCAGCGUCAGUGUAAGCGACCAGAACGACCAGGUUACUGUGCUGCCGAAGACCUUGGAUCUGCCGCCCAGCUACGACGAGGCAGCAUACUACGAGCAUAAGCAGGGUGUCAGCAAUGCAGCCUCCACGCUGACCAUUGCCACCAACCUGGAGGUGGGCAUCAAUGAGCCGCCGCCAGUCUACGAGGCGGGAACAGUGGCCACCACCACGACGACAACCACCACAACGUUCCUGGUCAACGGUCAGCCGCCUGUGAUGUAAACUAAACACUCGAUGCCGAAAUUAUACAUUAUAUUUCAUACUAAUACGCGCUUAUACACAUAAAUAUAUACGAGAAAUUUGUACAGUAA